AUGAAUAGCAGAGCUUCUUCUCCUGUGCUUGUGGAGAAGCAUGGUCAAUUUUAUCAUAGUUUAAAGGAUAAGAGUGAUGCAUAUCAAGCUAAUGUUAUGUCUGAUGUGAAUACUGAGUCGUGGCAACUUGCUGCAUCCAUGACUCUUGGUGAUGAUGUUGGAAUGAAUCUGCUUGCAAGUGUGGCUGCUGAAGAAAUGUCUAAGUCUGAUUUGCUUUCACCAACUGAUUCUUCACAGAGGAACACCCCAAUUGUUGAGGAUACUUGCAUGGUUGAUGAUGCCAAAUCGAAAUCAUCAUCUCGGGAUAACCUUCCUCGGAAUAUAAGUCAGCGUGCACAGAAAGAACUGAUGGGGAAGUGGUGUGCACUGCUUCUGGUAAAGAUAUGA